CGACCAUUCAUACGACAGCCGCUAAUGUGGAAGUUAAUUAAUUUUUUAUUCAAACUGAUUUUGCACUUUUGGGUCUAUAAUUUGCAGAGUGCUGGAAGUUACGUCUCUGCGUCACUCAGCCGCAACAAUCUACGUGCUCCUAGAAGAGGAUACUAUACGACACUCCGAACAAUAACAUGGCAAACAGGUCAGGCGCGGCACAACGACCCGCCGGUCAGACCCAAUUAGGCAAAUUUUGCAACUUCAAGCUGGUCCUUUUGGGCGAGAGCGCCGUCGGCAAAUCGAGCCUGGCGCUGCGUUUCGCCAGAGGCCAAUUCGACCAGUUACAGGGAAGUACCAUCGGAGCCGCUUUUUUGACCCAGACUCUUCGUCUAGACGAUACGACUGUCAAAUUAGAAAUAUGGGACACUGCCGGCCAAGAACGGUAUCACAGUUUGGCGCCAAUGUACUACAGAGGGGCCCAAGCAGCCAUUGUUGUUUAUGACAUCACAAAGGCAGAUACUCUUGGUAAAGCGAAAAUGUGGGUUGAAGAAUUACGACGUGAAGCGAAUCCCAACAUCGUGAUAGCACUUGCCGGUAACAAGCAAGAUUUGGACAACAAACGAAUGGUGGAGUACGAAGAGGCGGAAGCCUACGCGGACGUAAAUGGGCUUUUGUUUAUGGAAACUUCGGCGAAAACGGCAGUGAAUGUCAAUGACAUCUUUUUGGCGAUUGCUAACAAAUUGCCAAAAAACGAACCAAAGGCACGUCAAACUGGCAACAACGCGCAAGGCAGGCGGCUGACAGAGGGCGACGCUGGUCCAAAAAUGUUGGGAAACUGUUGCAAGUGAUGCCGUCAUCACGGUGGAGUGUCGUAUUUGUACUUUAUUUAUUUAUUUAAUUUUUUUCCUCUACCACAAAUAAUUAAUUUAUCAAUUGAUGGCAUUUAUUUUUAAAAAAUAUCCUGUCCCUUCUUUAAUUAUUGAUAUUCAUUUUUUUUUUAAUUGUGAUUCCAUCAUUUUAAAAAUAAGGUUAUGUAAAAAGCAAUUCUAUUCUAGCUGAAAAAAAAAUUAGGUGUGACUGUUUCAUUUUAACGAAUAAAAAAAAAAUCCUAAUUCAAUUUUCAAAGUGCGCCCAUGAAUUGGUGGUUUGUUCCGAUCACAGAAGUGCACUACUUGAUCUAUUGAGAGAAAAAUAAGCAAACCACUUCAUUCUGCACACACACAAAAUUCAAAUACAGUGUGAGUCGACAAUAAAAACAAAAUUCAAAUCCACACACUGAAACAAGCCGUACAUAAUAAUUUAUAUAGGUACCUACUUAUAGUUUAUUCUCCACGAUAAUAAAUAAUACUUAUACAUAUUUUUAUAUUUUGAAAAUUGGAGGUGAUUGUACAGAAUUUCAAUAUUUUCCAUUACGCUAACACAAAAAGAAAUUUAUUAAUUAUUGUGUAUAUUUUUUUAUUUUUGACAGAAGGGCCUGUCAAAUAUUGAAGGUGUGAAAGUCUUCUGUCAAAUUUGAAAACAAAAAAUAAUUAUAGAGCCUCUAAUUAUUAUUAUUAUUA